GAAAUUAAGUCAAUCGUACUAGUGGCAAAGAAAACUCUUGCAAACACUCAAAUUUUGUUGGUAGAACUGAAGCAUUGCUGUAACUUGCAUUUGCCAUUGAAAAACUUGAGCAACACCCAACUCUCCUAAUCCAUCAGAAAUCAAUUCAUACAACAGAGGUAAGAGAAAACAAAGAGAAAUUGGCACUAAAAAUGAUGAACUCUGCAGUAAUAUCAUCUUCACUUUCCCCACAAUCUUCUUCCCCAUCAUUUUACUCCCUCAUUCAAAAUCGUACUACUAUCUUUUCAAAUUCCCAAUUAUCGUCACUUUUUAUCCCAAAUUACCCUCAUAAUUAUCACCUUUCUCUCUCCUCUCGUUCUCAUUCUCCUAAACCCAUUUACUGCACCACUUCUCCUGGUUCUGGUGAAAGUGACAGCAAAACUGUCCUCGAUGCGUUUUUCUUAGGAAAAGCUCUCGGUGAAGCACUAACCGAAAGAAUUGAAUCUACUGUGGGUGAGUUUCUGAGCACCAUUGGCAGGUUGCAAUCUGAGCAACAAAAGCAAGUUCUGGAAUUUCAGGAGGAUGUGCUUGAAAGAGCCAAAAAAGCCAAGGAAAAAGCAGCUCGUGAAGCCUUGGAAGAGCAAGGACGACUCAUCCCCAACUUUAGCACGAAUGCUGCAGAAAGAUAUGGUGUUAGUCCGGGUGAUAUGGCUUCACGCACUGGCUCCACGAAUUUAACUGCUCCAACACCUUUGGUUAAUCCAAAUGGCCCUGCAUCGGGUGCAGAUGAAGACCGGUUUGAUUCAGAUGCCCUGUCUAACAUAUCAAUAGAUGAAUGAUCCUUGCCAAUAGAAAAAAUGUUUUAGAAUAUUCGGAAGUGUUCUUGAAAUAUUGAACAGAAGAGUUGAGCUGUUUGUGCUCAGCUUAAUAUAUGGUCUAUGGAUACCUGAAUUUAUGGUCAUACAAAGAAAAUCUUUUUUUCAA